CCGCCCGCCCGCGGCUCCCGGAGUAGUUAGAGCCAGCGAAGUGCGGGCGGUGAUGAGAGCCAAAGUUGCGCUCCGUUCGGCGUCCGGGGCUUGAGGCGGCUCGUCGCUCCGCCCGUCUGGGCCUCCUCUAGCCCCAACUCGCGCCAGCGGAUCCCGCGCGCUCGCCGGCCCGGCGCCCACCUGCGCCCCCUGUCCGCGGCCCGCCGCCCGCGCCUCGCGAGCCGGGGUCCCCGUCACUUUGGCCCGGCCCCGGGCCCCGCCGAUGCCGGCCAUGGUGGAGAAGGGCCCCGAGGUCUCAGGGAAGCGGCGAGGGAGGAACACGGCGGCCUCCGCAGCCUCGGCCGCCGCCUCGGCCGCCUCGGCCGCCGCCUCAGCCGCCGCCUCUGCCGGCACCGCCUCCGCCUCGGCCGGCACCGCCGCCGCCUCGGCCGGCACCACCGCCGCCCCCAAUAAUGGCCAGAAUAAAAGUUUGGCGGCGGCGGCUCCCAACGGGAACAGCGGCAGCAACUCCUGGGAGGAAGGCAGCUCGGGCUCGUCCAGCGACGAGGAGCACGGUGGCGGCGGCAUGCGGGUGGGACCCCAGUACCAAGCGGCGGUGCCCGACUUCGAUCCCGUCAAACUGGCAAGGCGCAGUCAAGAACGAGACAAUCUUGGCAUGUUGGUGUGGUCACCUAAUCAGAGUCUUUCUGAAGCAAAACUGGACGAGUACAUUGCGAUUGCCAAAGAGAAGCACGGGUACAACAUGGAGCAGGCUCUUGGGAUGCUCUUUUGGCAUAAGCAUAAUAUUGAAAAAUCGUUGGCCGACUUGCCCAACUUCACCCCCUUUCCAGAUGAGUGGACUGUAGAAGAUAAAGUCUUACUUCCAGAUAAAUCCAUAGCCAGUCUGGUGAAGUUUUACUACUCUUGGAAGAAAACCAGAACUAAAACCAGUGUGAUGGAUCGGCAUGCUCGGAAACAGAAACGGGAGCGGGAAGAAAGUGAGGAUGAACUAGAAGAAGCAAAUGGCAGUAAUCCCGUGGACAUUGAGAUUGAUCCGAACAAGGAGAGCAAAAAGGAGGUACCCCCUACUGAGACAGUCCCUCAGGUCAAAAAAGAGAAGCACAGCACACAAGCUAAAAAUCGAGCCAAAAGGAAACCCCCCAAAGGCAUGUUUCUCUCUCAAGAAGAUGUGGAGGCUGUGUCUGCUAAUGCGACUGCUGCGACCACGGUGCUGAGACAGCUGGACAUGGAGCUGGUUUCCAUCAAACGACAGAUUCAGAGCAUUAAACAGACAAACAGUGCUCUUAAGGAGAAGCUCGAUGGCGGGAUAGAGCCAUAUCGACUCCCAGAGGUUAUUCAGAAAUGCAACGCACGCUGGACGACAGAAGAGCAGCUUCUCGCGGUACAAGCCAUUAGGAAAUACGGGCGAGAUUUUCAGGCGAUCUCAGAUGUGAUUGGAAACAAGUCAGUUGUUCAGGUGAAAAACUUUUUUGUAAAUUAUCGGCGCCGCUUCAACAUAGAUGAAGUUCUACAAGAAUGGGAGGCAGAACACGGUAAAGACGAGACCAGUGGGCCAGCUAACCAGAGACCCGCCAAGUCCCCAGAAAGCCCCACCAAGAUCCCCGAGGAGGAAGACGAGGCUGCGUCUGUCCUCGACGUAAGAUACGCAUCUGCCUCAUGAGAACUGCCGGUAGCUUUGAGCACUUGGUAUGGACGACAUGUUAU